AUGAAGUCGAAGAAAACUCCAGAGGGAUUUACUCAUGAUUGGGAAGUAUUUGUGCGCGGUCAAGAAGGUGCUGAUAUAAGUCACUUUGUUGACAAAGUUGUUUUUCAUCUUCAUGAAACUUUUCCAAAGCCCCGAAGAGUUGUGAAAGAACCUCCUUUUACAAUAAAAGAGGCCGGAUAUGCUGGGUUUAUCUUUCCUAUUGAAAUUUAUUUAAAAAACAAGGAUGAACCUAAAAAAAUUAAAUUUACAUAUGAUUUAACCUUGCAACAGAGUGGAUUUCUUAAAGAUCGCUACAUUUUUCAAAAUCCCAAUGAUGAAUUUAGAAGAAAACUUUUGAAAGGAGGAGGAAUACCAGUAAGCAAUAAUGCAUAUUACACAAAUCCUGAUCAAGAAAGUAGAAGUAGAGAUUCAUUUACAGAUGAUAAACAGCAACUAGUUAGUAAACCUAAACUAUCAUUAGAACAUACUAAAAAGCACAAAACAAAAGAGUACAAAGAAGAAAUACCUCUCAAAGCAAGUAGUUUUGAAACACUCUUUGGUGCUCCUAUACAAAAACCCCCUAAAGUUUCACCUGAUCCAAAGAAAAUGGAAAAGAGUACUCCGUCUGUGAAAUCUGAUAAAAAAGAUAAAGAUAGAUCCAGCUCUGAUAAAAAGUCAAAACAUGAACACAAAGAAAGUAAGCUGGAUAAAAUUAAAAUAAAAGAUGAAAGGGACAAACAAAAAAUUGAAAAAGUGAAAAGUCAUAACCGGGAACAAGAACGAUCUAAAGACAAAGCUAGUAAAAGAACAAGCGACAAGCCACCAUCCCCAGAGCCACCUAAGAAAAAAUGCUUCAGUCCAAACCGUAAAGUUCCUAGCCCAGCACCACGUUCUAGUAGUGCACAAAGUAUUAAAGAAGAAUAUAAACUACAAAAACACAAUUCAGAAAACUUUGACCACAAAAAAGUUAAAGUAGAAGAGAGGCCUACUCCUGAUGUAAAACCUGAAAAAGAAUCUAAAGAGAAGAAAAAAAAAGAGAAGAAAAGUCAUGAUAGAGAUAAAGAAAGAAAAGAGAAGAAAGAACACAAGAAAGAAAGCCACAAAGUAAAGGACUCACAAUCUGAAGCACAAAAAGAAGUUGUGAAGGAUAUUCCAAAAGUGAGAGAAAUAUUAAAAGAAAAAGAAACACUAAAAGAUUCACCUAUGAAAGAAAGACCACCCAAACUUGAAAAGCCAAUAAAUAAGUUCUCUAUUGAAAACUUGAGAAAAACACCACCACCAGACGUAGAAGAACGCUUAGAUUCCCUUAAAACAAAGGAGAAGGGGGACUCUGAACGAAAGCAUAAGCAUAAAAAGAAAGAUAAAAGGCGUGAUGAAUCAAAAGAAAAGCACAAAGAAUCUAGUAAAGAGAAAAAACACAAACAUGAGAAAGUUAGAGAAAGCCAGGAGCACAAAGUAGAAGUAAUUGAACAUAGAGAGACACCUAUUCCCAAAGAACGACACAUACCAGAAUUAGCUUCACCUAUAUCUAUAGACACAGCUUCACAGUGCAGUUCAAAAAGUGGUUUGGCAAAAACUAUUCACAUUGGAGUAGAAGAUAUUAACAGCAGCCAUUCUGAUUCUGAAAACUCAAUAAUCAAUGAUGAUGAUGAUAUUAAAAUAAAAGGUGAGCAACCUUCACCUGAACCAGUCGUAAAGCGAGAGCCAACACCUGACCCAGAACCAGAACCAGAUCCAGAACCAAUUUCCGUUCCUGUUGAAACUCCGCCAGUACAAAAAUCUAAGAAACAUAAAGACAAAUCUUCAAAGAAGGAAGAAAAAAGACGUAAAAGAAAAGCUGAAGCAGAAGAGAUAGAAAACCGUAAAGUGGCAAAGCCUGCUGAUUCUGGGCCUGCUAACAAUGAUAUGGACUGUGGAGAAAGUAUUGCCUCAACAUCUAUGGAAACUAAAGUACAAGACAAUGGUGUUUCAAGCAGCCUAGGAGAAGAUGCAGAACCAGGUGAUCUCUCUCCUGACUACAUGGUGCAGUUGAGAGGACUGCAACAACGAAUAAUGAUGAUAAAAAACAAUGAAGAUCUCGAAAGGGUGGUCAACUUAAUAGCUGAAACGGGGAGAUAUGAAGUAACCACUCAAACAUUUGACUUUGAUCUUUGCUUGUUAGAUCGUUCCACGGUUCAACAACUCAUACAAUUAGUGGGAUGUUAG